AUGGAACCAUCAAAGACCACCAAGCAAGAGUCAGUACGAAUCGGUGGGAUGGUGGAACAGGGCUGCGUGGAAGGGUUGGUCAUUGGUCCAGCCGGAACCCGCAAGAUGACCCCUCUUCAGAUCAUCUCCGCAAGUUGGAUCAUCUGUGACAGUUGGGCAGGGGUAUCAGCCACUGUGGCUCUGGCCAUCGCCCAAGGUGGCCCCGUUACCAUGGUCUAUGGACUAAUCUUGAUGUUCUUACUUGUUGGCGCCUGCACUCUCACCCUGGCCGAGUUGUCGAGCGUGUACCCCACGGCAGGGGGGCAAUAUCACUGGACCUCGAUCCUGGCCCCGGGGUGCAUUAGCCGAGGACUGAGCUACGCCUGUGGAAUGGCCAAUAUGUUCGCCUGGAUUGCUAUUUGCACGGGUAUUGCCAUCAUCCCGUCCCAACUCAUCCUGGGCAUUGUUCUCUUCUACAACCCCGGCUUUAAUGCCCAGCCAUGGCAUUACUUCAUCCUCUACCAAGUCAUUAAUGUGUUAGUACUCUUUUAUUGUACUGCGCUUCUGAAAAAGUCCCUCUGGAUCCAUGAUGCAUGCUUCUUUAUAACCCUGGCCUCGUUCUUUGUUAUUGUGAUUGUCUGUCUGGCUCGGACGGCUCCCAACUUCCAGCCCAACGUCCAUGUCUGGGCCAAUUUUCUGAACGACAGUGGAUGGACAUCUGGCGGGGUAGCAUUCCUCACCGAUGCAGCUCGGGUCGUCCCUCGCGCACUAUUGAGCACGCUUGUGAUUGGCUUCGGUACAUCCUUUGCAUUCCUUGUAACUAUGCUAUACUGCACCGACGACCUUAAAGCAGUCGUCGCCUCAGCCACAGGGGUCCCUAUAUACGAAGUCUGGUAUCAAGCCACUCACUCAAAAGCAGCAGCAACCACUUUCAUAAUCCUCCUCAGCCUAGCAGCCGCUUUCGCCCUAAUCGGCGCCCAGGAGACCGCCGCCCGGUUAACCUGGUCCCUGGCGCGGGACAACACGCUCUACGGCAGCAGCCAAAUAAAAAAGAUGCACCCGAGCCUUGAUGUCCCCGCCUGGGCCCUUGUUUUCAAUUUCUCUGUUAUGUUCAUCAUCGGCUGUAUUUAUUUAGGGUCAUCAUCCGCGUUCAACGCCUUCAUUGCCACAGGUCUGGUCCUGCAGCACGUCUCCUACGCCAUUCCCGCCGCCUUGCUCUUGUUGCGUCGCCGCGGGAGCACCUGGCUCCCUGCAAACCGGCCCUUUCGACUCCCCGGCCCGGUGGGUUGGACUGUAAAUUUUGUGACUGUCGGCUUUACGCUUUUAGCCUUGGUCUUUUAUAGUUUUCCAACGGCGAGACCGGUCACUGGAAGUAAUAUGAAUUAUACGGCUGCUGUGCUGGGGUGUAUGGCGAUUGUGGCGUUGGGAAACUGGGUGUUUUACGCGCGGCGAUGGUAUUGUGGACCGAGAUUGCAUGGGCUAGAUUAA